AUGAGCCUUGAUAAGAUGCAGGACGAGAAACUUGAGAAUCGGAGUGGGAGUGAACAGUUGGAAGCGGGGCUCAGCGACGAUGCUAUCUCGAAGAAGGUCUUGUUCAAGUUGGAUGUCCGCAUCCUACCUGUCCUCGCUCUCCUCUUCCUGUGCUCAUUCAUCGACCGCACCAAUGUCGGCAACGCGAAGAUCUUGGGUCUGGAAAGAGAUAUCAAUAUCAACGACCACCAAUACUCCAUCGGAUUGUGCGUCUUCUACGCUACGUACAUUGCCAGUGAGCUGCCGUCGAAUCUGGUGCUCAAGAAGAUGUCACCGAAGAUAUGGCUCCCACUUUUGACAUCGGUGUGGGGGAUCUUGACGAUGUGCCUGGGUUUCGUUACCAACUUCGCGUCGUUUGUUACCGUUCGCGCGUUGCUUGGUUGCGCGGAGGGUGGAUUGUUGCCGGGCAUGGUACUCUACCUUACUGGCUUUUAUCGCAGGCAAGAGUUGGCUUUACGCAUCGGUAUCUUCUACACCGCCGCAUCAUUGUCCGGGGCUUUUGGUGGUCUGCUGGCACGAGCACUCAAUGCGAUUGGCCCUGCUGGAGGGCUCGAAGGUUGGCGGUGGAUAUUUAUAGUGGAAGGACUCUUGACCGUUUUUGUUGGCGUCUGCUCUGCUAUUUUCUUACCCAACUCUAUUGAAUCCGCCAAAUUCUUCACAGCCAACGAGAAGGAGCACGCCCGAUUCCGUCUCGGCGAGCAGAGUGCUUCUCACGAACGCUUCGACUGGGCAGAGGUAAAACGCGGAGUGUUCAACGUCCAAGUCUGGCUCACCGCAACGGCGUACUUUGCCAUCCUAAGCGGACUAUACAGUUUCGGUCUCUUCCUCCCCACCAUCAUCAACAACGGCUUCUCCAAAGAUCCCAACGAAACACAGCUCUGGACCGUCAUUCCCUACGCUGUAGCAUCAGUCUUCACAGUAGCCGUCGCUCUACUAUCCGAUCGUCUCAACUUACGCGGCCCAGUCAUGCUAUGCACACUACCCGUUGCCAUCAUCGGCUACGGCGUCAUAAGCCAGACUACCAACCCCAAGAUUCAAUACGGAAUGACUUUCCUCAUGGCAACUGGCAUGUACGCCACUGUACCUUGUAUCCUGUCCUGGAACAGCAAUAACUCUGCUGGCCACUACAAGCGUGCGACUACGUCUGCACUUCAGCUCGCGAUUGCGAAUGCGGGAGGCUUCGUAGCGAGCUUCGUGUACCCGAAGAGUGAAGCCCCAUACUUUCAUAAGAGUCAUAGUAUUAUGCUGGGCUUGCUUUGCGCGGCCUGGGUGCUGGUUGCAGCCAAUGUUGCGUGGGUAUGGAAGAUUAACAAAGAUAAGGCGAGUGGAAAGUAUGCAGAGUUUGAGGGUAGAGGCGACGACCGUGACCCAGAUUUUAUUAUGGUCAAAUAG